UGUUCUCGAUCUUAUUCAAUCCACCAUUUUCAUCUUCUCCAGUUAGCUGUUUGCAGGUGAUGAUAUACAUCAAAAGUUUAGUAUUAAAUUCUCUCCUGGAAAAUGAGGUAGUGUUAUUACAGGCUUGUGCUAUUUAAAGCCGUGAUCAGGUGAUAGCCUUCUAUCCUGAAGAAUUUCUCUUUCAUUUCUCCACGGAGCAAGCCUGUGAUGCUUUUGGAAAAGUGUUGAGAUCUGUGUUUUGAGAAGUUAACAGACGUCAACGAUUGGAAAAGCGACGUCGGUGAGCUAUCGCUCUCUUUGCUUAUUGCUUGCGAUAAACUCUAAUCGACAAUCUGCAAUAAGGUAAAAACUCCCAAAUUCUCCUGUCAUCCAAACGUAAAACUAGUUGCAUUUCCCCAAACAAGGGACGCUAAACAAAUGGAGAAGAAUUCUAAGGAUUGGCCUCCUGGCGACGAAAGCAAGGAUUCAAGUAAUGAUGAAAGUUCUGCUAAUGCUGGAAGAUUUUUUGCUUAUAAUUCAGUUCCUCGUUAUUCUGAAGAAGAAGCUCAAGCUUUGGCAAAAAGAUUAGAUAAUAAAAAUACUUUUCAAGAAGCUAUGAAAAUUUUAAUUUCAUGGUUAGAAAGUGGGGAAUGUAACGAGAGCAAUUCUACAUGCUUUCAUUUUUUGAUUCAACUAUGUUGGAAUCGUGUUGAAAAACUUCAAGCUGAGGAGAAAGAAUAUCAAGAAGAAAUUAAACGCGUAGAUAAAAAUGUAUUGAGCAGAAAUAGUUGCAUUCAAAAUAGGCUGACUGAAGUUGAAGAAAUAUUCAGUACAAUAGAAAAACAAAACUUGUGGACUAAUUUCUCUCAGGAUCAUUUUGAAAACAUACAAGAGAUGAGAGCAGAUCUUUUUAACUUUAAACAAGAUGUCAUAAAAGAUUCUGCAGAUAGCGAAUUGCAAAAAGAGUCAGAUGUUGAGAAUAUUGAUGAUGAACAAGCAGAAAGUACUACUCAUAAAUUGCAGGCUAAAGUCAGCAGUUUAACUUCUAAAAUAAAUUUUGUUAAUCGGGAAACUGAAAAAAUGAAAGCAAAAUGCGAAGAAAAUGCAAAGAAAAUUCUAGAAUUAAGGGCAGAAUUGGAAAAGAGUAGGCUAAGCCACAACGCACACAAUCUGAUGUUAAAUAGAGAACAAAAAGCUUCUGUUUCUGUUCAGGCUGCUUCUCAGUGCAAUGUAGAUCGAAAUGAAGCGCACAUUGUUUCUUUAAUUUCUAUUUUUUUGUUUGAUCAUUCAGAUGGAGCGGAUUUAAAUGAUAUUUAUUCCCAUUUAAAGGAAAGCAUUCCAUUUACUAAUGCAGCAGAUGUAGAAAAAAUUUUGAGGAAAUAUCCAAACAUUUUUCUGGAAUACCAGCCAGUUUUUCCUUUUGAGAAAAAAGUAUGGAUUUGUAUAAGUAUCACUCCGGAAACCAGAAAAUUACUUGAUAAGUAAUAAAUAUAGAUCCAGAAAUACUUACUGGUGCAGUUAAAAUUUUCAAAAAUGUUUUUAGUGAUUUAAAAAAUGUUCCUUAUUGUUUGAUUAAAUAUGACUAAUUAGAUGUAGAUAAGCAACGUCAACUUAUUUUAUGUAGAAUUACUGAACAGUAUCUCUCUCAAUUAUUCAUGCAAAAAGACUGCAAUUUUCAUUGUAAUAGUAAGUAUUUGUUUCAUUCCAGUUGAACUGAAAGACAUCAGUUAUAGAUGAAUAAGGUGGAAAUAGUUCCAACUUUAAUUAUUAUUUUUAGUGUUCACCUCAUUUUAUUAAAUUAGAUGGUAUUGAAGACAAAAACAUUAGUUUCAAGGUUUUUGAACUGGAGAAUUUACAGUCAUUUGAUAUAAAGAUUUUUGUGAAUAAUUUUUUUUUUUUUCCCUGUUUUUACUGCAACUUGCUGAUCAAAGCAUCGGUACAAAUGUACUUUUCUUUUCUGGCUUUGUAGUGUUGUAUUUCUCUAGCAAUUUUUUUGGUAUAUCAGUACUAUUCCAGUAUUAUUUCUAUUUUUACGGUGUGAAUGCAACUAUUGCAGUGGACUAAUUAUACUGCGAACUUUGUUGUACAUGAAGAAAAUAUUCUUCCUUUGCUGCAGUUAUAGAAACAUUUCACUUAUAAACUGUACAGUUAUGAAAAAGAAGCCGAAUAAUUGGAUCUCCUUGGGGAAGGUAAAUAUAUGUUACCUAUUUGUGAAUGCAACUAUUGCAGUGGACUAAUUAUACUGCGAACUUUGUUGUACAUGAAGAAAAUAUUCUUCCUUUGCUACAGUUAUAGAAACAUUUCACUUAUAAACUGUACAGUUAUGAAAAAGGAGCUGAAUAAUUGGAUCUCCUUGGAGAAGGUAAAUAUAUGUUACCUAUUUGUGAAUGCAACUAUUGCAGUGGACUAAUUAUACUGCGAACUUUGUUGUACAUGAAGAAAAUAUUCUUCCUUUGCUACAGUUAUAGAAACAUUUCACUUAUAAACUGUACAGUUAUGAAAAAGAAGCUGAAUAAUUGGAUCUCCUUAGAGAAGGAGGAAUCAUGUUUAGAAGAAUCUGGUUUUCCAUGGGAUUUGUCAGGAAUAUGUCUUCAACAUGAUGGAAUUCCAAGAUAUUCAUUCCUUGAGUUGUGUUCUUUACUGAAAAAUGUUAAAGAAGUAACAUUCUGAGAGAAGGAGGCCCUUGUGGGCAACGCUGUAAUCAUUAGAUUUAUUCGUUUAAUUUACUUUCUGUGGGCUGUCUGCAGAAAAGAAUUCAUAAGUAGAGCAGAUAUAAUUAAUGAAAUUCUCAUCACAUGUAAAUCUGUUGUACUUACAGUUUAACUUAAUGUGCCAGAAGAAAAAUUUAUUUAAUGGUUGUCUUUUUGUAUUUCAGGCACUUUAAGCAAAUAUUAUGUUAAAGUUCUUUUUCAGUAAAAUUUUGAAAAUUCUUGAUUAUAAUUAUAUUUUAUAUUUAUAAUUAUUCUAUAAUGAAAUAAUGUUGCUUUUUUUAUCACAUAGUUCAUCACACGUACUGUAUUGUUUUUCAUUUGUGAUUUGAGUAUCAGCUGUGUAUUUCUUUUACAAUAGUCAGUAGAAUUUUUUAAAAGAAAAAUUCACCAUAGCAAUUUUAAUUUGGUCCACACAUUUUUCAUUUUCAAGAGCUGAUAAUUUCUCCCUGAAAUAAAUUUACUCACAAAUCUCAUUUACUCUAAAAAAACUAUUACUUAGCCAGUUUUAGAUAUAAAAUAGUAAAAAAAAAAAAAAAAAAAAUGUAUUGCUUAUGUUAGGAUGUGAAGGUUAUUUUACCAUUUUAUUAACAAAAGUACUUGAAAUAAUAUGAAGAUUUUCAUAUUGUAAUUUUUUUUUCAGAAUUUCUUGAACAAUAGAAAAAAAUAAUUUUUGACAUUAUUAAUUUUAUUUUUCAAUUUGAGGUAUAUGUUUUGUAAUGGUUUAGAAAUUUCCAUUUGGUUCACAUUUAGAGUGGACACCUUGUAUAUUUUUGCCAUCAUUAUCAAGAAUUUUCUUACAUCACUUUUUGAUUUUUGUGAACCCGGCACAAGCUAAGAAUCCGUUCAGGAGCAUACGCCGGAAAACAAACCUCAUUCCUUCCUUCCUUCCUUACAUCACUCACAGUAUGUAAUAAAUGUACUUGAUAAAAAGUAAUUUUAGUUUUUCAAAUAGUUGUAAUUUCUCUCUAUAUAAAGUACAAGGAAGCUUGAUAUUUUAUAUAAAGUUUAAGAAAAAAUUAAUAUAUGGUUUAUGAAACUUAUUAAACCAAUUUAUGGAAAUUCAACCUUAUAUAUAUUCAACCUUAUAUAUAUGUUUUUAUAUAUUCUUUCAUUCAGAUUUGAAAAGGCAUCUGAAGUUACUUAACAGAUACAAAUUAUAUUAAAUGUUUAUUUUUCUGGUUCAUUUGCAUCAAUGGUUCCUUAAUUAUUUGUUAAAGAAUUGCAAAAUUCAUUUUUUAUAAUAUUUAGUGGUGUUAAUUGUGCAUGAGUUUAAAAAAAUGAUUUAUUUAAUAUAUUUUUUAUAAGUUUUUUUAGUUUACGAAUAAAUAUUCUUUUACAUAAAUUUAUCAAAUUGAAUUUUAAAUUAAAAAUUACACAUGUAUGCAGGAACAUGACAAACAUUCCAUUUUGGUGCAGGACAAAUAAAAGUGUGGAGCAAAUCAUCUUUCAUAAGCUUCUGAUGAUAAAGAUUAUGUUAGAAUGAUACAGACAGUUUUGAAAAGUAAAACCUUUAGAUUCUUGAGAUGAAUGUUGUUGACUUGGCAAAGAAACAUUUUUAUGUUGCUGAGCUUAUAUUCAUGCUUAUGUACUGAGAGGUGUAAUAUUAUUUUUGAUUGAAAAUUAGAAAAUUUUAAUCAAUAGAAAGUCUUGCUGUGUGUCUGAUCGAAGUGCUUACAAAGUAAUAAGAUAGCAGUGGUAUGAAAAUAUUAAAUAAAGUUAAUAAUGUAAAAAUAGAAAUUCAUAAAUGAUUAUAAAUAAUAAAACUCAUAUCAAAAUAUAACUUAUUUUUACGAAUUAUCUUACAAUGAUCUCAUAAAAUUUUCUUUCAAAGCAAAUUUUGGUCUGUGACUCUAGAGAUCAUAUGUUUACAACAUCACAAAAAACACACCUAUCAUUAUAUCUUUUAAAGAAAAGAGCUACAUUAAUUAACCCAUAUGUUUAUCACUUAUGUUCCUUUGAAUAUUAUUGAAAAUCAACUUCAGAACCUUAAACUAUCUUUUACAACUUUCUGAAGAUAAUAAUAUUAGAAUGAUACAAACAAUUUUGAAAGAUAGAAUUUUGGGUGAAUCGUAGUUUAACCCUCUUUUUCGCUUUGGCGAUAUCUGGCAACCCCGUUUUCUGUAGCCUGGGAGUCGUCCGAAGUACACAGCGUAAGCUCUUGUUUGGUGAUUUUGAAAAGUACGUCCAUCAGAGGGGUUAAACUACGAUCGCACUUAGAAUUUUUAGUAAAUUAAAUGUUAACUGUGAAAUAUUUACGAAAUGUUAGCGUUUUUACUUUCUCAUUUACAAAGAGAAAGAACAGUCGUCAUCAUAACUUUCAAACUUAUAGGAUUUUGAUGAAAUCCCCAUGAAUCUGAAAUGUAUACUUUUGAAAUUAUGUUUGUCUGAACAUGAGAAAACUCAAAAAUGCUUUGAGCUAGUGGAAUGAAAUCUGGUAUAUCAUCUUAAAAUCAAAUUUGAAAAUUUCUACCAAUUUUGAACAAAAUCCAUUCAAAGGAAGUUUGUGUCACUGUCUGAGUAAAAACGAAUACAAUAACUACAAUGUACAAACAAGAUAAAGGAAUAAAAUUUGAUGUAAAGAUUUAAUAUCUAAAAUGCAAGUCCAUAUCAAAUUUUGUACCAAAUCCAUUAAGGGGUUGACCAUCUGUUGGUCAAUAUUUUUGCAUGCAGGUAAACCUGAUAACUCAAACAAGCAAGAUUUAGAUAAAUGAAAAUUGAUAUGUAAACUUAUUACUUAAAUUGUUCGUGUCAGAUUUCGGCUAGAAUCAUUCGAAAAAGGCAUUUAAAAUCGAUAUGUGGUGAUAUUUUAAAUGUCAAAGUAGUUUCAUUGUUUUUGUUUUUUUCCCCCUGAGAUGCUGCAAUUUGAAAUUCGACUUUGGUAAAUCAUGCAUGAAGGGGGGGGACUGGUUUGUUGUCUCAAAACAGAAGAUUGGCCAUUUAUCUCUCUUUGUAUUAAUUAUUAUUCAAAACAUGUGGUUUUGAUUUAUUUUGUUUCAGUUCUUUUUUUAUAUAUAAGAAUUUCUUAAAUGUCAUUGAUUUUAAAAUUAUUUUAUGAUCCUGUUUUUUUUUUUUUUCUCUCUCUGUUUUCGUAUGAUAUAAAAUUAUACUCAGCAAUAUAUAUAACAUAUAUGUUUAUAAAAAGAGGAACAUGAAAUCUUCGCAAGAUCUGAUAAAAAUAAAAAUAUAAGUAAAUAAAAGCAAUUAAAAUUUAAAAGUAAAGAUAAAAAAACUGUGUUUCCAAUGCUCAAUUUUUGAUAAUUUUAAUCUAAUAUUAAAUAUCCUGAAACAAAUUUUCAUUAAUUCCAUUUAUUAUUUCUCAUUAUUUGUGCGAGAAUUAUGUCAACUCACUGGUUUAAGAACAUGAGCAUUUACUUUGUUUUAGAUCCAAUUACUUUCAUAUGCAAGUUUUUUUUUUUUUUUUUUUUUUUCCCAUUUUGAAGAAAUAAAUGAGUAGUUUGAUUUCCUAUUUAUGGUUCUAGUAUUUUCUAUUCCAUUUGCUGCAACUUUUUGCUUUUGUAAACAUGCCUUAUGAUUUAUUAUCACAAAUAUUGUUUCAAUGCUUUUUAAGUUUUUUUAUAUUGCUGUGUAAUUGAAAAUUCAGUGGGAUGACUAAAAAAAUGAUUUUAAAAUCAUGUUUUUUUUUAAAUGUGUUUUUUUUUAUUUAUAAAAAAAUGAAUUUUGGGAAGAAUCUGUGAUGCAAGAGAAUCAUAUAUAAAUUGAAAACAAUAGAUGUCUUCACAAAUUUUGAAGAAAAUAUAUUCAAUGAAGUUACUUAAAAUUAUUAAUAUCAGUGCAGCAAUUCUUUGCUGGAUAAUUUGUGCUGUGCCUCAGUUGUGCUUUUCACAGAUUUUUGUGUUCACUUUCUUUGAAGGAACUGCAGAAACAUGAAACCAACAAUACCCCCCCCCCUUUUUUUCUCCCAUCUAAUAAAUCAGAAAGAAUGUAAAGUUAGGUGAAUUCUGAAUUUAAAGACUAUGGGAGGGGGGCAAAAGUGUACCUGUGAAAAUUGAAUGAACUGACUGUCUUGAAUUCUGCCAUUUGAAAUAUUUCAAAUAAGACAUGAAGUUUGUAUUUGUGCUAUAUAACAUUAUAGUAAAAUAUGUAAUGUGUAUAUUAUUUUGAUUUCAAAAAACUUUCAAACGGAAAAAAAAGAAAGAAAAGAAACUAUAUACAUAGUUUAAAAUUUUUGUUGCAGUUUGAUAUUUAUCGUAAUUUAAUACAAAUAUAUAUUAUAUGUUUAAAUGUUAUCAUUAUUCUUUGUUAAUAAGUUAUUAUUUUUAAGUUCUGAAACAUUCCAUCUAUUCUUUAUCUCAAUAUAAUAGUAAGAAAGCAAAACCGAUGAAAAAAAAAAGUUAUGUUACCCACCAAGAUCAAAUUUCAACAGGUGAUAACAUUUUAUUGCAUGAAGGCUUGCAAAAAACUGUGAAAAGGCUAUUACUUAUGUUUAAAAAAAAUCAAGGCAUUAGAUGGCCUGAUAGAAGAUGCUUGGGAGCAAAGUAAAUUAAGUAUUCAACUUUCUAACCAAUGAUACUCGGAGAAAGUAAAAUUGCUUAAUUAAUCAUUUCAUUUUUAAAAAUGUACAGAUAUAUUGAUGUGUAAUUGUAAUGGUAUAUUAAAAUGUUGUCCAGCGUGUAUCACUAUGUUUGCCUUUUCUUUUUUAAAUUUGAUACCUUUGUUUAUGUAUUAUUUUUUCGAUAUUUAUAUGUUUCAUAAUUUUAGAUUUAAAUUUUUAUCUUAAUGUAAAAUAUAGUAAACACUGGAUUUAACAAUUUAGAACAGUAGCUAAAUUUACCUUUGAUGUAAUUGGGUUGAAAGUGUUUUCGUAAAAUCGUGAACAAUGCCAAAAAGAAUGUUUAAAAUAGAAUGGCACUUGCAGCUGUCUUUUAUAUUUAAUAUACAUACCAUAUUAAUUUCAAAAAUUUUAUGGUAACUGCUUAUUAUAAGAGUGAAAAUAAAAAUAUAAUUUUGCAUUUAAUUUUUGUGGUGCAGUUUGAUAUUUAGUAUAAUUUAGUUCUGUUAUAAUUACUCAUUGUAAAUAUAUUUAUUUUGUAGUAUAUUCUUUUAAAUUUGAUUAUUUUUAUAUGUUUGAUUCAAUAUGCAAUUCAUGUAAAAUACAAUAAACUUCAAAUUUUAACUGAGAAAUUGGAACAAAAGUGUAUUCAUAAAAUUGUGGACAAUAUUAUUGGAAAAUAUAAAUAGAAUAUGAUGCUAGCAGUUGUUCUGCACAAUGUACAUACUACAUAUUUAAAGUACACAUCAUAUUAAUUUUUUAAAAAAUAAUUUCCUUGUAUCUCUGUAAUAGAAAAGAGAAUUUUUAAAUGUUAUGUAAAGGAGUAUAUAAUUAAAAAAAUUUUGUGUUUAAUUUGAGAUUUAUUAAAAUGUUAUCCAACUAUCCAUUAUAUAUAUCUAUAAUGAUGCGAAAUAAAUAUGUUAAUAUUUAGUUACGUAUUGCUUUUAAUUAUUGAAACAUAUCAUAUAUCUUUUAGAUCAAAAUAAUAUGUGUGUAAUAAGUUCACGAAUAAUGCAUUGAUUGUGCACGUUAACUUAAUGUGAAAAAGAAAAAGUAUUCGAUUCUUUAACAGUUUUCUCAUUUUGUUUUGAAAGCGAAGAGCCACAGCAAAGAUUUGGCUCAUCCGAAGUUAAGAAAUAAUCUGCCUCCAGUCAGAGUCGGCCUUCUCUAUGAAGAGGGCCCGGGUGCAAAAACCCAUUUGGGACCCCCCCCCCCCCCUUUUUUUU